ACCUUGACGAGCUUUCUGGCGCGACUCACCGUUUCAGAAUAGCUGGCGACCGUCAGCUGAGCCCAGCCUACCUUCAGAGCGGCUCACACCACAGGGACAGAUCGUCUGGGGGGCUAUUUCUGCUCAACGGUUGUAUCAUAAUGUUAAGUUAGUCAGACCCGAGACUGCAGACAGCCUGUUUUUGUGCGCCAAUGGGAAUAUCGUACUGGAAAAUUAUGUGAACCGAGCGGAGGCAAGCUAGCAAAACAUCGACAUCAGCAACAAAAACAGCAAGGGGCAGUGUAGCUGCUCAGGUCGGGCUUUAACGCUGUGUGUUUCUGCCUAACUUGUGCAAAGUUGUUGUUCUGCGCAGGGAUGAAGCUGUCAUUGUGUGUUAACGUGUCACGGAGUAACGGACAGUUUUAACGUCAUGCAAACAAGCUCGUGCAACUAUGGCGUUGUAGCUAGCUAGAGAACAGACCCCGAGCAAACACAUUUAUAACUUGUGCGUCAUGUAGGUUACAGACAUUUUAGCUCAUCUGACUGGUAUCAAUACCAAUCCUCCAGAUCAGAUCCGUUUAUAGUUACCUACCCGCGUGUCUCUUCAAACCAUUUCAUCGACUGGACCACCAUGCAUCACUCUGCCCCCUCAAGCAGUGAACUGAGCUUUCUGCCAGCCAUGUACUCGUUUUCAGGCCCCACAAGCCUUCCUGAAUUUGAUCUGGGAUCUCCUAGUACGUCUGGACACCUACAGAGAGCAACAGCCUCUAACAGCAGCUGGGAGACGCGAUGCCUUAGAAAGCACAGGAGGAGAAUAGAUGAUGAGGGAUGCAGUGCCAAAAAGAGGAGGUUAAUGUUUGAGGCAGAAGUGGAAACUUCAGAGAACUCAAGCUCUGGCACUCAUCGUGAUUGGCCUACGGCAAACAGCUGCCCUCCUCUGUCUGCACAACAAAGCAGCCCUGCACUUCCACAGCCCUGCCCCGCUCCUGAGCCCUUGACAUUGCCUCAGCCCCCCGCUGCCCUGACCCGACCUGAAACAGAGAGCUCCUGCAUGGAGGUAGAGGCAGCUCAGAGGAAACUUCAGGAGAUCGAAGACAGAAUAACAUUGGAGGACGACGAUGAGGAUGAAGAUCUGGAUGUGGAGCCAGCGCAGAGACGGCCGGUGCUGGUGCUCUCUGACAGUUUGAAGGAGGGUCUACAGCGGGGCAUCAGUGACAUCCUCCCCCACACAGUAGCCCAGUCUGUGAGCCAUUCCUGCAUGGAGUUGGUUCUGUGGAGGCCACCAGACGAUCCCUUCUGUCGGAGGCUGAAGGGCUCGUUACAAAAACAGCGUAAACAACAGACGGUGUCUCGGCAACCUCCAACUCCGUGUCCGUCUCCCAUCCCUCACAGUCCCCUCAGCCCCUCUAGUCCACCGGCAGACACACACUCUCCUCUGUACAGUUUUCCUUUGGCCCACAGCUCUGGAGAGGAGGACAUGGAAAUGUAAACGUUCUUAUUCACAACAAAAGCCAUGCCAAAGUAAAAGACUGGACAAGUAGUCACGAAAGACUAAAGGACUCAUUUCAAGCUGUGGACAGUUUGGCAAGGGCAGCUGGCUCUGUAUGAACAUUGUGCUGUUUGCAUUUUGUCAUUCGGUUUGUUUUCUGAUUUCAGUCCCAGGUACCUACACAUGACAUGUAAUAACUGACCCAAUUUAACGGUUGUAUUAAUGUAGAUUUCAAGGUCUAUAGACAGUCAGUCUUAUAUAACCUAUUUUGUACAACUUCCAGGAUUAACCUUUGCCCUUAGAAAUGAGAUCGUUUGUACAUAAUUUUGCCAAAGCCUGGUCGGCAGCACACUGAUGCAUUGUACAUAUGGCUGUGUUCUUUGUUAAACAUCAGUGUGCAGCACAUGGAUUUCUAUGUGCAGCUUCUGGGCAUUAUUAACAGAACACUAAAGUCGUUGUCAUUCGCUCAAAGGGAGACUUCCUGCUUGCAGUCAUGCUUGUGGUGGAAAGAUUCUUUUCCUCUAGUGCUUAGCAAGUGUGCCAUCUUUGAGCUUUGAGGAGUUUGUAAAGAAGUCAUGGCAAUGCAUUUUUAUGAUAUUCAUAUAUACACGAGCAGAAUUGCAACAAGCCAUAGCGUGUGAUUACUUUUUAUUUGUUUUCUAAUAAAUGUACAUUCUCCAUGGA